UUUUCCCCCCGUGGUGACGAAUGUUGAUGUUUUGAAUUACAUCAACCCAAUCAGAGCUGGGAUUGCUCAGUCGCUACCAAUCACAGAAGCAGUUGUUAGGUAGCGUGUCUGUGUGAGGGCAGCUUCCGUAGCUGUCGGCGCUGGAUAGCGGUGGUGAGAUGUUCCGCAGUGCGCUGGGGAAGACCUUGGGCUUCGUGGGAUACACCAUCCAGUACGGCUGCGUCGCCCACUGUGCCUUUGAGUACAUCGGAGAGUUUGUUGCGUGCUCUGGUCCUUCUAUGGAGCCCACCAUCACAAGCCACGACGUUGUCUUCUCAGAACGGUUGAGUCGCCAUCUCUGCAGAAUCGAGAAUGGUGAUAUAGUCAUCGCUAAGAGUCCAUUUGAUCCACAAAUGAACAUCUGUAAAAGAGUCAUCGGUUUGGAGGGAGACAAAGUCUGCACCAGUGGCCCCUCGGAUGUCUUCAAGACCCACCAAUACGUUCCAAAAGGGCACGUGUGGCUGGAAGGGGAUAAUCUUAGGAAUUCCACAGACUCCAGGAGCUACGGCCCAGUUCCCUAUGCCCUGAUUCGAGGCCGUGUCUGCUUAAAGCUCUGGCCUCUACAUCAUGUUGGUGCCCUCAACCAAAGUCCCACAGGACGAGUCGUAAAAAGGAGUGACUGAGUCUACUGAUCUGUGUACAUGCAUCAUUUUGUAAUAUUUUCUAAUUAAAGGCAUAUUUAUCUUGAAGAA